CGUAAUUGCUUUAUUCAACUCUAACAAUAGGCGCAAAUAUAGUGCGUUACAAAAGUAUUAUGCUACAUAAAUUUUGCUUUAGUGACUAAAUGAAAUUUAUUGGUGGAGAUCCAACAACUCGUAACUUAAUUUUAAUUAAUAGGAGCUUUAUUUCGACUUUAUAUACAGUACGAAGUGUUAUAAACGGUUUUAAUUAAUGUCGCUUGUUUUAAGAGUUUACAGAAAUCUGCCAGCAAAAAGCUAACUUUAUUAUGAGGGCACAUCUUUAUUGUUGCAGCUUUUCCGCAAGAGGACCCUGUCAUUACUGGGGUAGAGAUGCAAUAUCAGAUCGGCGACGAGAUUACACUUAACUGUACUUCAGGAAAGAGCCAUCCGGCUUCCAUUCUUCACUGGUACAUCAACGAACAACAGGUAACGAGCCAGAACGCGCUGAUCCGCUACGCCCCCAUCCACCACCGCCAGGGUCUGAUAACGACAACCCUCGGCUUGCGAUUCACCCUCGGCGCCCACCACUUCCAAGGUGGUUCCAUGAAAGUCAAGUGCAUGGCGUCGGUGUCACCGGCGUUGUGGCGCAGCGACCGCGAAAGCGUCGUCCAAAACUUGCCGAUAAAGGACAUGCGAGAGGCUCUCCUUCUCGGUGAGUGGACCACCUUCAUCCAAUCCCCCUGGCAUGUGAAAAAUUCCACGACCAGGACGACGAAAUCUUCCCCUCUCGUCCGUCUGGUGAUCCUCCUCUUCGUCACAGUUUUCGCCCUGACGUAAUGUGAUAAAUAGUUUUGUGACAGUGUGUGAGUGUUGUUACACCCGCCCUGAAGACGUCGUAAACGUCGAAACGACCUGUGGUGAUUAACAGUCGUGCGGGGUAAUAAACUCGGCCAUCUUAGAUCCAUGAAAUGACCCCCCAAAGUCUUCAUCCGCCUCCUUAAGAAUCAAAACUCGUAGGUUUAAUUUUGAUCGAUUGUACCAAGACGUGCAGAGGCAUUGAAUGUGCCCUAGACUGUACGUGUUUUCGUAAUGUGAUAUUUUCUUUUAAUGUAAUGAUACACUAGUCUAAGGUAUUGACGCUUUCCGCUGUUAAAACUUUUAUUACGACAGUUUUAAUUAUGUAUGUACUUGGAGGGACGGAUUGUGAGGCUCUUUGACGUCCCUCCCAUGUUAUUAACUCUACGACAUGCUUUUGCACAAUGUAAAUACUAAAUAGGCUAUAUAAAUACAAUCAAUCAUUUUUUGAUAAUUAAGCAAAAAAAAUUGUAUUUAUUUUCCAUCAUCCAUUGUAUAAAGAAACAUAUUUUUAUCGUUUAUCAA